AUGGAGAAUCAAAUUGAAGUGAUUACGCGGUCAGAGUAUGUCAGAUUGAAAAAGAGAAUAAAUACAGCUAUAAUACAACUUCAUGCAGCGAAAGUGAGAUAUAAAAAGUGAGCGUUUUCUAAACAAAAACUCCUGAUUUUUUUUGUUAGUUAAUCAAUUGAUUUUGCAGACUUGAAGAUGAAUUAUUAAAAUUGAGGUCAGAAAAUUUAAAACACGAACAACGACAAAACGAAAGUAUCGACAAACUAUCAUUGGUCAAUGUUAGCUCGGAAUGUGGUUGUAGUGGGGAACAUCCGAUGCCUAUGGAAAACCAAACUAGAAUUAGUGGAGGAAUCGAGGAAACACAACAAUGUGCACCACCACAGACACAAAAAACUUUUUCUUCUUAUCAACAAGAACCGAAAAGUCGACUUUCCAGAUUUGGUUUAGAAGAUGAAUUGGGCUUCGAUCCGUUUGUUGAAUCGGCAAAAGGAUUGGCGGAUUUGAUGAGAGAGGAAAGUGAGGAUUAUCUGAGUUCGGUGUUCGACGGAGGAUUAUUUGGUGCAUCGAGUGGGUUGAGUUAUCAACAACAACAGCAACAGUAA